AUGGAGUUUAUGAGCGCAUUAGGUUCACAAGAGGACGCUUAUCGUCCCUCUUUGUUCGAACUAGUGGCUCAAGAGAAACUGAAAGAGUUAUUGCAACCUGCUGUGCAAUACGUGUUGGCUAUAUAUGCGCAACGAUACCCUCGCUUGUUAUUACGGGUGGUCAAUAACCACGAAGAGUUCUAUGCUGCUCUCAUGCUACUUGUAGAGAGGCAUUAUCUUAAAGAAUGGGGUGGAUCAUUUGCAGAGAAUUUCUACGGUUUGAAACGAGUGUCAACAGCUCAUUUGGAAAGCAUCAAAUUCACAUCACCCAUCAAUUCACAGUCUUCUCCUGCCUUGACAUCGAGAGAGAUCUCAAAAUCCUUGCUGGUCUUGGUGGGAUUGCCCUACGUCAAGUGUCGGUUGGAUCUACUGUAUCAAAAAGUGUCAGGCGGAUCAGCUUCAUCUAUUUUAGGGGACAAUGAGCAGCUGGAGAUGGAGAAUGAGGAAUUGGCUAAUCCAGAGACGUCGAAAAAGCGUAAAUUAGUGAUUCGAUUGAUGCGUUUGUUCAAGAAGGUGUAUCCCAUUAUCAAUUUCCUAUACUAUGGAUCGAAUUUGGCCUACAAUGUUGCUUACCUGUUUGGCAAAACGAGAUAUUAUACACCUUGGUUGCAUUUAUUGGGUCUCGAAGUGAAGCGUAUGAGCAUGAACGACUAUCGUGCUUAUUACGACAAAGCAGCUGGAUCAACACAACAACCCUUCUCACUGCUCAAAAAUCCUUUUGGUGCAGUGUCGACAGUAUUUAGCAAAGUCAUUGAAUUCCUCAAGGUACUGCUGCCCAUGUCCAUCUUCUUUUUCAAAUUCUUGGAAUGGUGGUAUUCCUCUGAAUUCUCUAGAGGAGGAAACACACACAACGAAGAUGGCGAGAAUGCAGUGCCACCACCUGAAAAGAUCAAGCCUGAUCCCCGCGGCACGCCAUUACCCAGCACAGCCAACAAAUGUCCACUGUGUCUCUCUAGCCCCAUCAACAACCCUACAGCAUUGCCUUCAGGCUACGUAUUCUGCUACACUUGUGCUUAUCAUUAUGUGGAAGAGCAUGGCCGGUGUCCAGUUACCUGGAUCAAGGUCAACAAUGGAGCCGAGGACUUAACAAAACUCUAUGCCGAUGUCAUGUAG